AUGGUCUUUAGUUCUUCAAUUAGUUGUCUCCUUCUAUACAUUUUAGUAGUUGUUUCUUUUCUUUUUUCAAUUAAUUCUUUAGAAACUGGAAACCACCAAUCAGCCAAUCAGACAUUUAAAUCAGAGCAAAAACUUUAUAAACUUAAGAAGAUUAUAGCUUCUCGUCUUCAGCAAAUUAACAAACCUGCGAUUAAGAUUUUACAGAGUCCUGAUGGUGAUAUCAUAGAUUGUGUUUUGACUCAUAAACAACCUGCUUUUGAUCAUCCUUUAUUGAAAGGAGAAAAACCAAUGGAUCCUCCUGAAAGUCUUAGAAGGCAUAAUAAAAUAGAAAAUACAAGUGAUCACUUUCAAUUAUGGAGUUUAUCGGGUGAAUCAUGUCCAGAAGGAUCAAUUCCAAUUAGAAGAAUAACAGAAGAAGACAUGUUAAGAGCUUACUCUAUUAAGGGCUUUGGAAGAAAAUUUGACGAUCCUUAUCUACAUGAAUAUGCAGUUGUUACAAAGAAAAAUGAUAAGUUCUAUGGAGCAGAGGGUGCCAUAAACGUGUGGACACCUUAUAUAGAAACUCCAAAUGAAUUUAGCUUGGCUCAAAUGUGGCUUAUUGCUGGUUCAUAUGGAAAAGAUCUCAACACUAUUGAAAUUGGUUGGCAGGUUUACCCGCAUCUCUACGGUGACUACCGCACUAGAUUUUUUAUUUAUUGGACGGGUGAUGAUUAUAAAAGUACUGGGUGCUAUAAUUUAAUCUGUCCAGGCUUUGUUCAAACUAACAAAAGAUUUGCAAUAGGAGGUGCAAUUAAUAAGAUUUCUACAUAUAACGGAAGGCAAUAUUCUAUGACCUUAAAGAUCUUCAAGGAUAAAAACACUGGAAAUUGGUGGCUUCAAGUUGGACCAGGAUCUGGAAAUUUAGUUGGGUACUGGCCGUCCAAGUUGUUCACACACUUGAAAUUUGCUGCUGAAGAAGUUAAUUUUGGUGGAGAAAUAGUGAAUAUAAAGUCAACGGGGUCUCACACUUCCACUGUAAUGGGCAGUGGAAACUUUCCCGAGGAGGGUUUUAGAAAAGCUGCAUAUAUUAGAAAUAUGCAAGUUAUAGAUGCUGACAACAACUUGCAUCCUUUGAAAAAUCCUGAAUAUUCUCUUACAAAUUUUUUUUGUUAUAGUAUAGUACAAGGAAAUACUAAUCCCAAGUGGGGGUAUCACAUUUACUUUGGUGGGUAUGGCAGGGGCAAUAAAUGUCCCUAA